AUCAUCUUCAGCAUAUCGUAAACCGCCACCAAACCGAAAGAGGAAAAAAACAGUAAUAGUGUGUGCAUUUUUUUUAGAUCCGUUUGUUAAGAAUCUCUCUGUUUGCAAUGGAGUCACCAGCAGCAACAACGAAGCCAGGGAGAGGAGGAAGAAGAGGAGGAGAUAGGAAGAAGAGUGUUUCCAAGUCGGUUAAGGCCGGUCUCCAGUUCCCUGUUGGUCGUAUCGCUCGUUUCCUGAAGAAGGGUCGGUACGCGAUUCGGUAUGGCUCCGGUGCUCCGGUCUACCUCGCCGCCGUUCUCGAGUACCUCGCUGCCGAGGUUCUCGAGCUCGCUGGAAACGCAGCGAGGGACAACAAGAAGAACAGGAUAAACCCGAGGCAUCUUUGCUUGGCGAUAAGGAACGACGAAGAAUUGGGGAAACUGCUUCACGGAGUCACCAUCGCAAGCGGAGGAGUUCUUCCAAACAUCAAUCCAAUUCUUCUUCCCAAGAAAGCUGCUGCUUCUUCUCAAGCUGAGAAACCUUCACCAAAAUCUCCUAAGAAGGCUUAAAAAGAGAUUUGCGUUACGAAAUCGCUGUUUUUAGGCUCUGUUGCUUUGGUUACAUCGAUCUUGAACAACAUCUUGUUUUCUUUAGGGAUUUGUGUAGUUUUUUUUCUGUGUUAUCUCCGCUGGUUUGUCCAUGAAACCAAUGGAAGAUUAUGUUCUACGCUAUUUUGUAAUGAAAGAACUAAUUUCUUGGUAUGUUCUCUUUUAAGUUUCAAGUCUAAUCAAAUAAAUUAAGUUCUGGA